AUGGCCACAGUAAUAGCUAUUGACCUGUCCGUGUCUAUGAUUAAAAAAAUCAAAAUCCCAGGAACCAAAGAAACCUAUACCUUAUUGCAGUUGGCUGAACACGGAGUUAAUACACUGUUGGAUUAUUUGGCGGUCCAUUCUAAACUCGAAUCCGUUGCCGUCGUGAGUAUUUUACAAUAAUAUGCUUGAGUCAAAGCAAUAAAGGUUCUUCGUUCAUCCUUUGAUAUAAUUGGUAUAAUUAUACUUGAAACUACAAUAUAAGUAGAAUAAUUUUAUUAUUAGUUAUUAUGUACCUAAAGUAAAAUUUGUACAAGAAAAAAGAAAAAUAUACAACUUUGCAUAUUAUCAUAAAAACAAUUGUUUAUUAUUUGGUUAAAGUUUGAUUAAAUUAAGUAAUCAUGGCUCGUUCUACUCUAUCAAAACGAAUUGGAACAGAAAAGCUGUAUUCUCCUUUAUAUUUUUAUAAUAAUAAAAUUAUACACUUGUUUAUAAAGUUCAUUUCCAACAGGUUACAUUUUCACAUACUUGUGAUGUACUAUGUUCAUUUACUCGCGACUAUGCAUCAAUCAAAAAUAAAAUCAUGCAUUUAGAUUUCAAGACAGACACCCGAUAUCCUCCUGUAAUACAAACUAUUAAUUAUUUAGUCCACAGUCAGUUGUCUAACUCAGUAAAGUGUCAAGUAAAUAACAUGAUAUAAAACACUGCAUUUAAUCUAAUAUCUAUAAAUAAAUAAUUUAUUUGUACAGGUGAUUAUGAUUACUGAUGGAAACUGCUAUCAAGGUCUUCGACAACCAGAUAUAAAACCACUUCUAUUUUCUGGAAAACUAAUAGUCAUCUCUUUGGAUGUAGUACCCACAAUUUACAAAAAUAAUUUUAACUCAAACAAACUUCCAAAUGACAUGGGAUACAUAACUUGUCCUGAAUUACCUCUAACUCCAUCUAAAGUUGCUAAAGUGUUUAAAAAAAUUGCCAAGGAAACAUAUGUUCCAUACAGUGCAAUGUUACAAUGCGGCCAUUUAAAAUCUGAUGUUCAUCUGAUUCCUCCUCCAAUCAUGGUAUUAAUAAACAUUUUAAAUUUAAAACUUUAAUGUAUAGUUCAAUAAUUUGUUUUCAAUUUUUAGUCUUACACAAAAGUAAUGGAUUUUGAGAUAAUGACCUAUUGCAUUUUAUAUGAAUUGGAUAUUGUUGGAUUUUUAGAGUCUUCAAAAGUUGAAUGUCCUGCUACCUUUUCCCGCCAUCUUGUUUUACCUCAGCGAUCUUCAGAUGAACGUACAAAAAGUAAUUUAAAAUCUUCAAAAAUUCCAUCAUUUUGUGUAUUAUUACAUGAGGCUUUGAAAGUAAAUAUUUUUUUUUUUAAUGAUUAGUUUACUUUAAAUAAAAAAAAAUAAAAUGUAAUAAAAUCAUAUUUAUUUAAUUUUUUAGGCAGAAAAUAUGAUGGCCCUUUGUCAGAUAGGUACUAAUUGGUUUGGAUUAUUAGUUAGUUGUGCAAAUAAUAAAAAAAACAAAUCCAACUUAAUGUUAAAUGUACUCGAACCUGGCACAAAUGCAAUUCCUUGGUUGGGAGAUAUCCAAAAUCUUACUUUCGUACCAACAAAAAGUAAGACAAUUUAAAUGUCUAAAAUAAUAAUUUGAUUAUUUAUUAUUUUAAUUUAUUUUAUAUUGAAUCUUUACAGAAAAUGACCCACAGCCUCUAAAAUUAUCUAAUAAGUGUAGUUACAAUCAGUCAGAUUUGGUAUGGAUUAAAAAACCUGGUCUUCAGGCAAAUAUUUAUAAAAUUACAAGACUAGCAAGAAAAAUGCCAGAUAAAAUUAUCAGUUUUUAUAAGGUAGUUCAAUGUAAUGAUUAAUUUAAUUUUAAUAAAGGAAAAAUAAAAUAUAAGGGUAGUCUAAGUUACUGUGAUUCUGAAGUUUUGGAUGAGGUUAAAUAUUGGAAUUUAGGAAAUUGUGCCAUUUAGAGUACUACUACCAUUUGUAAAAUCCUUAUAUAAAUGUGUGAAUAUUUUGGAUCAUCCUCUACAUUCAGAUUCAGAAAUUGUAUGUUUUAUAAAAUUGUAAACAAAAUUGUUUACUAUACAAAUAAAAAAAUGAAUGAUUUAACCAUUCAAAGUGAGAUCAUUAGUUAUAGAUUUAUCUUAAUUUGAUUUUAAAUUGUAUGUAUUUUGUUUAGGAAUUAAAUCGCAUCCGAAAAUCUGCAAUAGCUUAUGGCUUCACUGAUUUAUUGACCAGUCUAGCUGAACUAUUAGAAUUUGAAUGCAGCAAAUUACCAGGGAAUACUCAUCCAGAUGGUGCCCUGCAAUUAACUCAUGCAGCUAUGAUAUUGCAAACACCUUUGGGCAUGGAUCCUAAAUAUACAGCCUGUCCUUUGGUAACAAAAUAUCCUCACCAAAAAAUCAUGUCGCAUUCCAUAAAUUAA